CUACAAUUAAAUAAAAAUUAGAUUUUAAAAAAUUCACCCCGACAGCACACCAGCAGUAUCACUAAUAUAUUCACUAUUUUGUCAUGUACUAUUGUGCCUGCGUUGAAAAGGAUAAUUGCAUAUACGGCUAUGGCGAUUCAAGCAGCAACAUGUUGAUAAUUAAACUGUCUGUGGAUAAGUUUUGCAUUGCCAGUUGGAUCUUAGCAUUUGCAAGCCAAAAAAAAUUUUGUACUCAUUUGGUUCUAAUAACUAAUUUGACUUCACUAGAUUACAAGUCUGAGCGCACAGUUCGAUGCUCAGAUUCUAGUUUUUGUUGCUGGGCAUUUGACAGAAUUUUGACACCUUGUUUCCCGUGUUGGAGGGCUCUUAAAAUCCUGCGAUAUGGAACGUUUUUCCGUGUGUGUAUCUAAGAUCUGAGGAUUCCAAAGACCCUAUAUAGAUCAUAGCCACUGAAUUCAUUUACAGUUAUCGGAUAAUCGACCUUGAAGUGCAAAUGGGAACCCUGUUGAUGUGCUUUUCCAGUUGUUUGUGCUUCUUCCUUCUUGUUAUUCUCCUCAAGUUUCUUAAUAAAGUAUGGUGGGCUCCAACUCGAGUUCAGUCUUUCAUGAAGUCACAAGGAAUUGAAGGUCCUCCUUACAGAUUCCUGUACGGUAGUACCACAGAGAUUCUCAACAUCAUCAAUGCAAUGGAUGGCGGUUCCCAGGAGCUGUCACACAAUACAUUCGCUAGAAUUCUUCCUCAUGCAUAUUCUUGGGUCAAGGUUUAUGGGAUGAACUUCCUCUACUGGUAUGGUCCUCAACCUCACUUAAUGGUCACUGAACCUGAGAUGGUUAAAGAGAUAUUGAGCAAUAAAGAUGGAGCUUACAAAAAAAUCCCAGUUGAAACUCAUGUAAAGAGGUUGCUAGGUGAUGGACUUGUAACGUCAAGUGGCGAAAAGUGGUUUAAAAUGAGGAAACUGGGAAACCAAGCUUUCCAUGGAGAGAGCUUGAAAGCGAUGAUUCCAGAUAUGAUUGCUAGUGUUGAGGUGAUGCUGAAAAGAUGGAGAAACCAUGAAGGCGAGGAGAUUGACGCGUUCCAGGAAUUCAAGGUUUUGACAUCAGAAGUAAUAUCCAGGACAGCUUUUGGAAGCAGCUACUUGGAAGGGCAGCAUAUAUUUGAUAUGAUAAUGAACAUGAUUGACAUUAUUUACAGAAACAAUUAUAGAAUCAGCAUUCCUUUCAUUGGAAAAAUUUUCAAAUCAAGCGAUGAUAUUGAAUCAGAGAAUCUGGAGAAAAGAGUAAGGGAGUCCAUCAUAAAGAUGAUGAAGAAAAGAGAGGAAGAGGCAACGUCUGGACAACUGGAUGGCUAUGGGAAUGAUUUCUUUGGACUGCUUUUAAAGGCCUAUCAUGAUCUAGACAAUAGCAAGAAAAUAUCAGUGGAUGACCUAAUUGAUGAGUGCAAGACCAUUUAUGUUGCUGGACAGGAAACAACAACAAGCUUGCUCUCUUGGACUGUUCUUCUUCUAGCCAUAUACCCAGAUUGGCAGGACAGGGUACGGAAGGAGGUGCUUGAGCUAAUUGGCCAACAGAAUCCAGGUCCAGAUAGCAUGACAAAAUUGAAAAUUAUGAGCAUGGUUAUCAAUGAAUCUCUACGGCUAUAUGCUCCUUCUAAUUACUUGGCAAGGAAAGUUGACAAGGAAGUUAGACUGGGGAACUUAAUCCUACCAGCUAACAUGGAAAUCUACAUGUCGACUCUAGCCCAUCACUAUAAUCCUGAAAUAUGGGGAGAAGAUGUUCAUCUUUUCAAACCAGAAAGAUUUGCAGAGGGAGUGGCUAAAGCUACAAACAAGAGCAUUGCUGCAUUUUUGCCAUUUGGGAUGGGGCCUCGAACUUGUUUGGGCUUCAACUAUGCCAUUAUAGAAGGAAAGAUUGCACUCUCCAUGAUCCUGCAGAGUUACAGGUUCACUCUUUCGCCAACUUAUGUCCAUCACCCAGUUCAUCUUCUCACAGUGUGUCCAAAGCGUGGUAUUCAAGUCAUUCUCCAGCCAUUAUAAGCAUGGUUUUUAAGCCAUCCUCACACUCGGCACCUUGCUUUAUAAGCGUGGUAUUACCAUAUCAAAUGUCUUGUAUGUGGUUCAAACUUUCAGAAAUAAUAGACUGAAUGGCUUAGAACUUUUUAUUCCUUUAAUAUUUUAAAAACGAUUCAUGUCUAAAGCUGCAUUAACAAGA